UUGUGUCUAUGUUUGUUGAGCAUCUUUACUUAGUUUUAAUUCAUCUUCUAUACUAUUGGAUGUAGUGUGUGGUUUUAUGACACUACACAAACCCAACUCCAGUGAAACACUAAUAGUUCCAAUUCCUUCGUAUGUAAAUUUCUGAUAAAUGGAUAACGUAAAUAUUUCAACGAUGCCUUCAGGAAUCCAUUGUGGUGUCAACUGUCAAGGGAUGCCAACUGACCAUGGAAUCAAAGAACUGCCUGAUUUGGUGAAUCAACUACAGCCGAUUCAAAGAAUAUUCAAGGUCCCUAAUCAUGUGAAGCAAAGCAACUUAGAAGCCUACGAGCCAAAACUAGUGUCAAUUGGCCCUUAUCACUUUGGAGAACUUCAAUUGCAGCCUAUGGAAACCCAUAAGAGAAGAGCGCAAGACAUAUUUGUUGAGAGAUCUAAACUGACCAUCAAUUACUAUAAGGUUGAAAUGAAGGAAGUUUUGGACACACUAAAGGAGUCUUAUGCAGAUCUGGAUCAUGUUUUAUGGAGCGAUGAGGAUAAAUUUAUUAAUCAAAUCAUUCUUGAUGGUUGCUUCCUCAUCGCAUUCCUUUGUGAACCCUUGUCGUUUUUUAAACAACAUGCAAUUGACCAUGAUGUUUUGAUGCAAGACCUGGUGAUGGUUGAUAAUCAGUUGCCUUACUUUGCACUUGAGAAGUUGUUGACAACUUCUGGAAAGGUAAUCUCAUAUACUUUGACUUAAACCCUACUUUAAUUAUAGUGUUUAUUGGCAUCCCUUAUUUUUAAACCCAACUUUAAUUUAAACCCUACUUUAGUUAUUAAUUAUUAGCAUUCCUUAUUUUAAAACCCAACUUAGUUGAAAAAAAAAAGAACAUAGAGCCAGCCAAGAUGUAAAUUGGUAUUGAAAGUAAGUUUAGUUUUUCCCUCUGUUUUUUAUUUUCUUCCUCUAUUUCAUUUUUGUCAGUUUCAAAAGGCAACAAGCUUCUGUUCAUAGUUGUAUUUUCUCAUUGAGCUCUCAAGUAUGCCUUAUUUUCUUUUGUAAUUUUAUAAAAUUAUGACUAAGUUUGAAAAUCUUAAAGAGUAUUUU